CAGCGCUCAGAGUAAUGGCGUCUGUGCGACACUAGCUUACAAAAUGAAGCGACGGAGGGUUUAUUUAUGCUAGCGGAGGGCCUGUAGAAGGGUUUCUGGGUGCGGCGAGAGGUGAAGACUUGACCGGAGUUGAGGACUUUCAUCUGUUGAGCGCGAUGAUCAAGCUGAAGUCCAACCAGACGCGCACGUAUGACAGAGACGGUUAUAAGAAGCGCGCGGCCUGUCUGUGCUUCAGGAGCGAGCGCGAGGAGGAGGUGUUGUUGGUGAGCAGCAGCAGUCACCCUGACAGAUGGAUCGUUCCUGGUGGAGGGAUGGAGCCUGAGGAGGAGCCCAGCGUCGCUGCGGUCAGGGAGGUGUGUGAGGAGGCAGGAGUCAAAGGUACAUUAGGAAGAUUGGUAGGUGUUUUUGAGAACAGAGACAGAAAGCACAGGACGUACGUUUAUGUUCUCAUCGUGACUGAGGUUCUGGAGGACUGGGAGGACUCAGUAAAUAUUGGUAGGAAGAGGGAGUGGUUUAAGACCCAAGACGCUCGGAGUGUGCUGCAGUGUCACAAACCUGUGCAGGCAUCGUACUUCGAAGCCCUUCAACAGGCCUGCAUGACCAGCAACGGCACAUCACUGGUGGCCACAUAUAACAAUAACCAAAACUCUCUGUCCAGCAUCAGAUAACUGAAGCCGAGCCUCGCUUUUUCUACCGUUUACCACCCACAUCAACUCUACAGCAACUACUGUCUCCGUUUGUUUUUUAAAAUCACAUCAAUCGGUUAAUCUUGGAUCGCCUUACCUGCCUUUUGUUGUUCAGAUAGAGCAUUUUGCGAACAAUUGUUUGUCUGUUUCUUCUUGUUUUAAUGAAUCCUUGCAUGAAAUUCUCUUCUUCAAUGACAGAAUGCAAACACGUUGAAAUAAGUAGCGUUUCAGGAGAAUUGUUUGUUAUGCUGUGCUAACGUUUGGCCUUUUCUCUCUGCAGUGUUUGCAUUUAUGAUUGUGCCGUUUUCUAGAGGUGGAGUUUUUGCAUGAGCACGUCGUGUAUCAAUGAGCUUACAAAUACAGGAGUCUUUGGUUUAUGUGAUCUAAACUAAAUCGAGGGUAGAUGUUUUUUCGAUGGAUGGGGCCAUUUGACUGUUUUUGCCUUGGUUUAGUGUAUUUUGUACAUGCUGGUGUGGCAUAAUAAUAGUCUUAGUUGUCUAAACGGAUGCACAGAACAGAGAUGGUGUCUUAAAGGGUUGACAUUGCAGUCUUAUUGCCAAUUUUACAUUCACUUCUGUUGGAAACUCCCAAAUGCAGCUGCUCUCUGAUUAGGCACAUUUGCAGGAUGGGGUGAUGUUGACAGGGUUCAGUGCACUGUAAAAAGCCAUUAGUUGACUACUUGAAAAUAUUGAGUAAACUUGUUGCUUUUAAACUGAUUGGUUGACUUUUCUUAAAGUGAGUAAUCCUGUUGGCGAUUACUUGACUUUAAAAUUGAGUAAACUCAUUGCUUCUAAAGCGAUUAGAUGACUUAACUUUAAAAAGGGGGUAAACUCGUUGCUUCAAUGCGAUUAGUUGAGUUUCAAAGACGUUAAACUUGUUGCUUUUAAAGCGAUUAGUUGACUUUACUUAAAAAGAGUGAGUACACCUGUUACUUUUAAAGCGAUUAGUUGACUUUACUUGAAAAGAGUGAGUACACCUGUUACUUUUAAAGCGAUUAGUUGACUUUUCUUUAAAAAAUCUCGUUGGUGAUUGCUUGACUUUAAAAAUAAGUAAACUCAUUGCUUUUAACGCGAUUGGUUGACUUUAGAAAGUUAGUAAAUUCAUUGCUUUUAAAGUGAUCUGUUGCUUUGGCUUUAAAAAGCAAGUAAACCUGUUGCUUUUAAAGUGAUUAAUUGACUUUAAAGGUGAGUAAACUCUUUCCUUUUGGAACGAUUAGUUGACAUUGCAUUAAAAAGUGAUUUAAACUCACUGCGUUUGAAGUGAUUAGUUGACUUAGUGAGUAAGCCUGUUGCACUGAAAGCAAUUAGUUGACUUAACUUAAAAAGUGAGUAAGCGCUUUCCUUUUAAAGUGAUUAGUUGACUUAACUUAAAGUGAGUAAUCCCACUGGCAAUUAUUUGACUAUAAAAAGUUAGUAAGCCUGUUGCUUUUAAAGUGAUUAUUUAACUUUAUCUAAAGUGAUUAGUUGACUUCAAAGGUGAGUAAAUACUUUCCCUUUGAAACGAUUAGUUAACGUUACUUAAAAUGUGAAUAAGUUCGCUGCGUUUGAAGCGAUUAGUUGACUUUUACAAAAAAAUUGAAUGAACAUUUGCUUUUAAAGCGAUUAGUUGACUUUGCUUAAAAAUGUGAGUAAACUUGUUGCUUUAGAAGUGAUUUAGUUGAUCUUAACUUUUUUAAGUGAGUUAACCCGUUGCUUUUUAACCACUUAGUUGACUUUUCUUAAAGUGAGUACUCCCGUUUGCAAUUACUUGGCUUCAAAAAAUGAGUAAACUCAUUGCUUCUAAAGUAAUUGGUUGACUUUAAAAGUCAGUAAACUUUUUCCUUAUUAGGAUUAAUUGAAAUAAAUUGGUAAAUUUGAUUAGAACUCUUUCCUUUUAAAGUGAUUAGUUGACUUACCUUAAAGAGAGUAAUCCCAUUGGCAAUUACUUGACUUGAAUUUAGUAAGCCUGUUGCCUUUAAAUGGAUUAGUUGACUUCAAAGGUGAGUAAACUCCAUCUGGAACGAUUAGUUGACAUUACCCAAAGUCAAACUUACUGCAUUUGAAGCGAUUAGUUGACAUUACCUAAAGUCAAACUCACUGCAUUUGAAGCGAUUAGUUGACAUUACCUAAAGUCAAACUCACUGCAUUUGAAGCGAUUAGUUGACAUUACCUAAAGUCAAACUCGCUGCAUUUGAAGCGAUUAGUUGACAUAACCUAAAGUCAAACUCACUGCAUUUAAAGCGAUUAGUUGACAUAACCUAAAGUCAAACUCACUGCAUUUAAAGCGAUUAGUUGACAUUACCUAAAGUCAAACUCACUGCAUUUGACGCGAUUAGUUGACAUUACCUAAAGUCAAACUCACUGCAUUUGAAGCGAUUAGUUGACAUUACCUAAAGUCAAACUCACUGCAUUUGAAGCAAUUAGUUGACAUUACCUAAAGUCAAACUCACUGCAUUUGAAGCGAUUAGUUGACUUUGUUUGAAAAAUUGAAUAAACCUGUUGAUUUUAAAGCAAUAAGUUGACUUUAAAAUUGAGUAAUUGAUUUCCUUUUGAAAUGAUUUGUUAAGUAAAGUCAACUUGUUGCUUUUUUAAAAGUGACUAAUUGCUUUCUACAGUGUGUUGGUUUUUAGUAGUUCUCCACUUCACCAUUUCAGGUGAUUUUGAGUUAAGUGAACAUCUUCAUGGUCUAUAUUGUGAUGGUUUUUAUGGGCUCUAAAUGUCCUUUUCAUAUCAAUCUAAAGUGGUUUAACACGAUGUGGGGCAGGCCAGUCUGCUGAUUGCACUUGUUUUGUUGUGAAAUGAGCCUGUUUUGGACAUGAGUGUGAUGACUUUUGUGAUGACUCUUGCGUUUAGUGGUCAUCCAGAAGCAGUUCAUGCCUCACUCCAGCAUUUCGGAGGGUUUUCACCAGUAUUCACAGCACUACAUCAGCUACUUACAAAAUGUCUUCACUGAUUCAAAUUUAGUUGUGGUAGUUUCAGUUUAUUGUCUGUCAAUCAUAAAUUAUAACCUUAGAUUGUGUGUGUGUGUGUGUGUGUGUGUGUGUGUGUGUGUGUGUGUGUGUGUGUGUGUGUGUGUGUGUGUGUGUGUGUGUGUGUGUGCGUGCGUGUAUGUGUGCGUGUGUGUAUGUGGGUUUGUAUGUUUUAGGUAAUGUGGAUAGUCAAAAGACUCGAUGCCAAGGUUUGCUGUUUACCUAAUAAAUUGUCUCUCAUGUAAGGGGACUGAUUUCGAUUGAAA